CAAAACGGAAAUGACGUUCUGUUGAUAUUCUCAGGCCCAAAUACUGAAAUUACCAGACAUUAUUUCUUUUCUUUUCCCCAAAAAUCUUGUUUCUUUGUGUGUUGGAUAAUUUCUGAGGUCUAUCUAUCUAUACAGAGUCAGAGAGAGAGAGAGAGAUGUCUUGUUUGUUAUCUUGCUGUGCAUCGUUGAGUUGUGGAUUGUGUACAUCAGUAGCAUCAGGGAUAUCAGGAAGAUCAGUUACUGUGGUUUAUUUGGUCUUUCUCUUAUCACUUCAUGGAUUCUUAGAGAAGUCGGUGCUCCUCUCCUUGAGUAUCUCCCAUAGAAAGGCACAAAAAGCUCAAUAGUCUUAAUUUCGGGGGUUUUAUUUGCUUAGAGUUCAGACCUAAUUUCUGGGGUUUUAUCUUCUCCGAAGAUCGAUGGCAAGUGUUUCACCAAUGCUCAGAAUAAACACUCAUCAUCUGUCAGAUGGAGCUGUAAAACUGACAAAUCUGAAAGUGCCAGUGUGUUUUUAUCAUCAAAGAAAAGGAUCGUAUUGCUUAAAGAGAAUGGACAGUUUAGGAGGUGGAAAUUUGUUUUCUGAAGCACGUGGAAUAAAUGUAGCAAGGAGUUUUAACCGUUAUACGGGUUUGAAUGUUGCUGCUGCUGCAGCACAAAGCUCUGGUUAUCAAACUGGAACAGAACUGUAUACAAGAACUAUUGAAGAACUAGAGAAUGUGUCAAGUUAUUUGUUUAGGACAGAAGUGGGUGGAGAGGUUAAGGUGAUUGUUGGCGAAAGAAACAUGAAGCAUGUAGUGUAUGUUGAAGUUUCAUCAUUGCCGGGCAACAAGGAUGAGUUGGUGUUAAAUUGGGGCAUGUAUAGAUCUGAUUCAUCAUUUUUCUUACCCUUAGACCCUUCACUUUUAGCUUCUGAAACUAAACCAAAUACCACUCACACUCCUUUGGUACAAAACUCUGCUGGCAGGUGUUCAUCCGAGUUGGAAUUCGAAUUGAAUCAUGACCCAUUCUAUCUGUCAUUUUUACUGUUAUCCAUGGGCAAUGCUGCUUCAAGUAACUACUCAGAGAUAAGAAGUCAUAGAAAGACAGACUUUUGUGUGCCGGUGGGUAUCAGUUCAGGGUACCCUGCUCCUUUAGGUAUCUCAUUUUCCGAUGAUAACUCAGUUAAUUUUGCCCUCAUUUCAAGAAAUAAAGAGAACAUUGUAUUGUGCUUGUAUGAUGAAAUGCCAGAGAAGCCCUCCUUAGAGAUUGAGUUAGACCCAUAUGUUAAUCGAACCGGUGAUGUUUGGCAUAUUUCAAUGAAAAAUGUUGAUCCUUACAAGAGCUAUGGUUAUCGAUACAAGGUAGAUAUCAUUGAGGGUAACGGAAACGUAUCUCGAGCAAGCCAUGUUUUUCUGGACCCAUACGCAAAAGUCCUUAAAAGUUUCUUCAGCAACCCACACGAACCUGUUUCACUUAUCAAGUCUCUUGGGUGCUUAUGCAGAGAACCUACUUUCGAUUGGAGUGGUGAUACUCACAUAUGCUUACCUAUGGAAAGUUUAGUAGUUUACCGGUUAAAUGUGGCUCGAUUUACUGAGGAUAAGUCCAGUCAACUACCUCCUGAUAUUGCAGGCACAUUUACUGGUUUGGUACAGAAGUUAGACCAUUUUAAAGCCAUUGGCGUAAAUGCGAUUUUGUUAGAGCCAAUAUUCCAUUUCGAUGAGCAAAAAGGACCUUAUCUUCCGUAUCACUUCUUUUCACCUACUAGCUUGUAUGGACCUACUAGUGAUGCUGUAUCUGCUAUUAAUUCUAUGAAAGAGAUGGUUAAAAGAUUGCACGCCAACAACAUGGAAGUUCUAUUGGAAGUCAUUUUUACCAUUAAUGCAGAGGGUGGAGUUUCUCUCUCUCAAACAAUUGGGUAUGAUGAUGUUAUAGUGACAGGAGGAACUGCUUUGAACUGCAAUGAUUCCAUUGUGCAGCGUUUCAUCUUGGAUAGUCUACGACAUUGGGUAACCGAGUUUCAUAUUGAUGGGUUCUGUUUUCUUAAUGCUUCAGCAAUAUGUAGAGGUUCAAAUGGUGAGUACUUAAGUCGGCCGCCUUUGAUUGAGGCCAUUGCAUUUGAUCCUCUACUGUCGAAGAUUAAGAUUGUUGCUGAUUAUUGGGACCCACAUGAGCUUGUCUUUAAGGAAAUCCGUUUUCCCCACUGGAAAAGAUGGGCUGAAAUGAAUAACAAGUUUAGUCACGAUGUUAGGAACUUUAUCAGAGGGGAAGGUCUUCUCAGUAAUCUUGCAACUCGGUUGUGUGGGAGUGGGGACAUUUUCUUGGAUGGUAGGGGACCCCCCUUCUCUUUUAACUAUAUUACAAGGAACUUCGGGUUACCUCUUGUGGACUUGGUCAGCUUCAGUUCCGAUGAACUCUCAUCUGAAUUAAGUUGGAAUUGUGGGGUGGAGGGUCCCACAAACAAGGCUGUUGUUCUUGAUAGACGACUUAAACAAAUCCGCAAUUUCCUUUUCAUCCUGUACAUCUCACUAGGUGUUCCAGUUCUGAAUAUGGGAGAUGAAUGUGGGCGUUCUUCCAAUGGAUCCCUAUCAUACAGUGAGAGAAACUCAUUUGAUUGGGAGGAUCUGAAAACUGGAUAUGGUCUUCAAAUGACACAAUAUAUCGCGUUUCUAAGUUCUCUUAGGUUGAGGAGAAGUGACAUAUUUCAGAAGAGAAGCUUCAUGUUGGAAAAGAAUCUUGACUGGAUAGGAAGCAAGCAGACUCAACCAAGAUGGGAGGAUCCAUCAAGCAAAUUCUUGGGGUUGACGGUAAAAGCUAAUGAAGAUAUUACUAAUUCAAGUGCUGAAUCUUCUCACAAAGCCAGCGAUUUAUUUAUUGCCUUCAAUGCCAGUGACCAUUCGGAGAGUGUUAAUUUACCUCCAAAUUCAGAAGGAACGGCAUGGGUUCGUUUAAUCGACACAGCUCUCCCAUUUCCUGGAUUUUUCUUAACUGACGGUGCUUGUGUUAUUGAGAAGAUGAACGGAGUGGUAGUUUAUGAAACGAAGUCUCUUAGUUGUGCUCUCUUCGAAGCUAGGAAUUCAAAUCUGGAGGAAGUUAUAAUCAAAAGCACUGUUUGAAGCAUUAUGAAAUAGCAUUUUCUUCCGAAGGCAUAUGUUAUUGCCUGUUAACAUAUCCCUUUUCAUUGUACCAGCCUCAUGUAGUUUCUUGGAUCCCUGUCUAUAAUGACAAAUAGUACAAAAAUAAAAUAAGGAAACAAGCCAAAAGGCCCAAUAAUUUAUGCAAGCUCCUGCAUCACUGAAGUUCACAUGUUUGUGCUUUUGGUUAUUUUCACCAUCAUCUUUGUUCCUGAACUUUACCAUAUUUCAUCAUUGUCAUGACAUCUGUUUUUCUA